AUGUCUCCUGCACCGCACGUUGUCUAUUCGGAAGAACUGUCCGGCGCCUUCAAGCGUGGUCAUCCGAUUGCGAAUCCUCAGCCCGUCAACUAUCAUAUCGAGAACGCCGAGGGUGAAGUCACGCAGUCUGGAUUGACGCCCGUUCAAAUCGGCGACGUCGGUUACAUACAGCCGGAACUCGGUUUCUUCGUUCGCUUGUUUAACGUACAUCAGGCGCCAGGUGCUGGCGGUCAACCUGAUCUGGACGAUUUGCCAGAAGGAUUCGAGAUUCUUCCCAGGAGCACCGUCGCUACUACCGAAGACACGACGCCUGUCUUCGUCUCGCAAAGCGUGAAGACAAAAAACAUCAACGCAUCAGCGUCCGGACCAUUCUUUGGCGGGUUUGCGGGAUUCUCGGCCUCGAGCAAACGCGGGGCCAUCUUAGCGACGCCCGAUCCUAUUCAAUCGCAUAACGCCCUCCACAUCUUGAGCUAUAAGCGGUAUGCGCAGGAGAAAUUCGAAAGCUGGCAUGAAUUCGCCAUCCGGAAGAAUCACGACGUCAACCUCGAGGCCCUGAUGUUGGUCACCGGUGUCGAUCUCACUACUUCAUGGGCGACCGCGGUCUUCAACGAUACCAAACUCGACGCUGGAUUUGGCCUUAGAGUCCAGUUCGCUAGUGCAGGAUCAGAUGUACAUCUCGCCUGUCAGUUCUCUUGGCAAAGUACAUUCCGUGCACUUGUCAACUCCGGCCCUGCUCGAAGACUUCCCCCGUCGUCAUUGGCUGACGAAACGAGUACUCGGGACACAUCUACCAGCAUAGAGCCUCACGAAUCCCAACCACUCAAGACCGUUGGCAAUCAAACACUAUUCAUCCGGCAUAUACGCGCCAAAGCUCGACGCCCGUGGCGCGGACUCCAGCUUCGCGCAGCUGGUGGGGAUGACCGUCGCUUCGAUGCUAGCGAUAACGAUUCAGAUGCCUCAAGCGUCCCGGUAAGCGCACAGGGCACAGCAUUCACGGGUGACGACAUUGUUGCUACGAGACAACCGCAACGCGGUCAGUACCACGAUUGCCUCGACCCAGCAUUGGAUUACAUUUUGGAGGCGUCAACCUGCAACGUCGCUAUCGCGCACGAUAACGAUCUGGAAUACCUGCAGUUUCCAAACGCUGUAAGACCACAAGUCGUUAUUCGUGGUGGUGUCGCGAUAAUGGACGGUAAGUUGGACAAAGAGGAACAGCCCGCGCCCCAGUAUUGGGCCAGGAGGAAUGUUGGGCCACCCAGGAAGAUGAAAGACACGACCCUGGAUGAUUUCUUAACCUCUCCGAUACGCACGAGUGUGAGAUCGCGACCCCCCGAAGUUGGGUUGGGUCCAGGCUCUGACAGCCCAGGCGCCGAUGAUAGAGGGAAGGGAAAGACAUCGUCUGGUGAUGAAGCGCUGAAGCCGCUCUUUCCACAUGUGCAUGCAAAACUAAAGAAACCGUCCAGGGGGGCACACGAUGCGGCUAGAUCAAUUGAAGGAUAG